UUCAGCUCAUCUUACAGAUGAGGAAACUGAGGCAAAGAGACUUAAGUUCCUUGCUCAGGGUCACACAGUAAGUGUCUGAGGAAAUGUCUGAGGCCAGAUCUGACCUCAGGAAAAGAAAAAUCUUCUUGACUCCGGAUCUGGCACUUCAUCAAUUGUGCCACCUGGCUGCCCGGAGAGGUAAAUACUGAAUCAUAAAAUAGGGUAAAAUCUAAAUUUUGUUAACAAAGAUCCCCUUGGCCACAGAACCCUUGGAUCAUUCCAUUUGGAAUAAAAUAAGACUUCUGAUGAGUAAAAAAGCUCAAAUAAGGAACGUCUUAGCUUGAGAAUUCAUAAGUUCUCCAACUUGAAGGAAAUAGGAAUCAUCAGCUGCUUACAAUCUGGAUGCUACUGCUUGUUUCUUCCCUACCCCACCCUAUCAUUUACUCUCAAAAGCAUUGUAGAAUUGAGUGUGGCUUCUUUUUGGUCCAAAUCACUUCUUUUUUAGGACAUAUAUUUACUAUUGCCUUUAAGAUUUAGAAGACCACAUUCUUGACUGAAGCAUUUGCUUUUUAACCAACUUUUUAAAAAUUUUUAUGUAAAUAAAUAUAUAAGUACAAAUGUGUAUGGUGUGGGGUAAUGUUGUGAAUGCUUAUACCAUUGUUAUGGGUAGCCCUGCAGAACAGAAGUUUUUAAAAAGUUAAAAUUCGAAGGAUGAUCUCUGGUACUUGUUUCCUGGGGAAUUAUUUGCUUCAUUUGGAGAAAAAUAACGAAGAGACGCGUGGUGGCGCUGCAGACUAAGUAGACGCAGAAAAGAUCUGCGACUAUGCCAAUACCCAACCAGAAAGCGAGGCCAGAACCAGACAUUUUGGAAGCAGAAAGGAAGCUUUGUUAGCGGCAACUGGAGAAAGGAAUCAGUUCUUCCAGAGAGACGGGCGAAAGUGACAGCCUCUGACUACCUGCGGUCUAGCUGGGCUACACAGAUUGCCACGAGGGGCUAAAAGGAAGAACAGAGCGGGAAAGGAGGAUGAUUCCGCAGCAAAGGCAAGUCCUCUUUUUCCUUGUUCUGCUGGGUGUGUCUGGGGCGGCUGCCUCAGAGCUGGAGCAGUUUUCGGUGGUGGAGGAGAUGGAGAGAGGCUCUUUUGUGGCCAAUGUGGCAAAGGCCUUAGGGCUGGGGAUGGGAGAGUUGUCAAAGCGAGGGGCUAGAGUUGUUUUCAAAGGGAACAAAGAAUAUUUGCAGCUGCAUCCUAAAACCGGGGAUCUGCUUCUGAGAGAGAAACUGGACCGGGAAGAGCUAUGCGGCCCCGCUGUUCUCUGUGUGCUGCCUUUCCAGAUCUUACUGGAAAACCCCUUUCACAUUGUGCGGGCUGAACUGAUAGUGGAAGACAUUAAUGACCAUUCACCACUGUUCCUAGACACUGAAAUGGUACUGAAAAUUCCCGAGAACACCUCCCCUGGAACUGUAUUUGUACUAGAAAAUGCGCAGGAUUUAGACGUAGGAAGCAACGGUCUCCAGAACUACACGAUUGGUACCAACUCUCAUUUCCACAGUCAAAUUCGGGACAGCAAGGGGAAGAGAUACCCAGAGCUUGUAUUGGAUAAAGCCCUGGAUCGGGAGGAACAGCCUGAAGUUCGAUUAACUCUCACUGCUGUGGAUGGAGGAACCCCACAGAGGUCCGGGACUGUCCAAAUCCGAGUCCUUGUAGUCGAUAUUAAUGACAAUGCCCCCGUGUUUACUCAGUCCCAGUAUGAAGCUCAGAUUCCUGAGAACAGUUCUAUUGGAUCCCGAGUGGUCACAGUUUCAGCGACAGAUUUAGAUGCAGGAAAUUAUGCCGAUAUAUCCUAUACAUUUUUGCAUGCUUCUGAAAACAUUCGUAAAACUUUUCAACUAACACAAAAAUCUGGUGAACUUUAUUUAAAGGAAAAAGUAGAUUUUGAGUCAAUUCAAUCUUACACCAUCGACAUUCAGGCUACAGAUGGGGGAGGUCUUUCAGCAGAAUGUACUGUUAUUGUUCAGGUGAUAGAUCUAAACGAUAAUCCUCCAGAAGUCACUAUAUCUUCACUCAACAGCCCCAUCCCAGAAAAUUCUCCUGAGACAGUGGUUGCUCUUUUCAGUGUUUCAGAUCUGGACUCCGGGGAAAAUGGAAAGAUAGUUUGCUCCAUUCAAGAUGACCUUCCUUUUGCCCUGAAACCUUCCAUUGAGAGCUACUAUACAUUGGUAACAGAAGGAGCACUGGACAGAGAGUACAAGGCUGAGUACAACAUCACAAUUACAGUGAUGGACUUGGGCUUCCCCAGGCUCAAAUCUGAGUAUAAUCUCACGGUGCUUAUCUCUGAUGUCAAUGAUAACCCUCCCAUGUUUUCUGAGAGAGUCUACAAAUUGUACCUGCAGGAGAACAACAGUCCUGCCCUCCACAUUGGCAGUGUCAGUGCUAGUGACAGGGACUCAGGAAUCAAUGCCAAAGUCACCUACUCUCUGCUGCCUCCAGAGACUGGAGAACUACCCCUCUUUUCCUACAUCUCCAUCAACUCAGACAAUGGUCAUCUCUAUGCUCUGAGGUCUCUGGAUUAUGAAGCCAUCCAAACUUUCCAGUUCACUGUGAGGGCAGCUGAUGGUGGUUCUCCAUCACUGAGUAGCCAGGUUCUGGUUCAGAUUGUGGUACAGGAUGAGAAUGAUAAUUCUCCCUUUGUUCUGUACCCCCUGCAGAAUGGCACAGCUCCCUGCAAUGAUCUGGUGCCCAGAACUGCAGAGCCAGGUUACCUGGUGACCAAGGUGGUAGCUGUGGAUAGGGACUGGGGACAGAAUUCCUGGCUUUCCUACCAGCUGGUCAAGUCCACAGAUCCAGGUCUCUUCACUUUGUGGGCCCACAAUGGGGAAGUUCGCACAGCAAGAUCCAUCAGUGACAGAGAUGCCAUCAAGCAGAGGCUUGUGGUGCUGGUGAAGGACAAUGGACAACCAUCUCUGUCUACAAUGGCAACACUAAAUGUGCUCCUGGUGGAUGGCUUCUCUGAGCCCUAUAUGCAGCUUCCAGAUGCAUCUAAGGAGGAGGUGCACACUGAUUCCCUAACCACUUACCUCAUCAUUUCCCUGGUCUCUGUCUCUUUUCUCUUCCUGGUCUCUGUUAUCAUGUUCAUUGCCAUUCGCCUAUGGAAGAGGAAGAAGGAUUCCAUUGACAAUCGUCACUUCGUUUCAAGUGGUCCCUUUCCAGAUCACUUGGUAGAUGUCAGUGGGACAGGGACUUUGUCUCAAAGUUACCAAUAUGAAGUUUGCCUGACCAGUGGCUCAGGGAUUAGUGAAUUUAAAUUCUUGAAGCCUAUUAUUCCCACCCUACCACCUGCUGAGGAAAGUGGAAAAGACUUGAAAACCCACAUUUAAGAAAUAGCUUGUGUUUCACUUAAUAUUUUGACCUUUAUUUCAAUCCACUCUAUCCACCCUAUCCCAUUCUUUCUCUGUGUGGCAAAAAAUACAAUUAAGUAACAUCUCAUUUUAUUAUAAUAUUUGUCCUCUUGUACUUUCAGAAAUGUUUUGCUCUUCUCUCUGCAUCAUUAAUUCUGAAGGAAGCACAGCACUCUGAUUUCUGAAUUUCCCAGUACUAUUUUAAAUUAAUUUACAUACAAAUGGCAUAAAUUAUAAAUGACAUGAAGUUAUGGUAUUAAAAUGUAGUUGUGGUGUACUUUAUAACACUUCUCAUCUGAAGUCUCUGAGGUUUGGCACUAAACAUCCUACAAAAGAAAAGGGAUUGACAUAAAAUCAUUUUUUCCCUUCCCUGAAUGUAUCCCAUUAAUUUCCCACUCUGUAGGGUGUGCCAAUCAAAUGAUAUUAACAUCUUGUUCAAAUGAGUGUUGUUAAAUAAUCUCCUUUUUAAUAUCAGAGUCUUUGGUCUUUGGGAAACUUAAUUUAAAAAACCCAUCUGAAACUGAUCACAGAACAUCAGAUAUGGAAGAGAGUUACAGAGUAAUAAAUUUUGAACUAAAGAGACCUUAGAAGUUAUCUAUUCCAGUUUCUUAUUUUUACAAAAAAAAUUGUUUACCUUUUGUCAUAUAAGUAAUAAUUAUCAGAUGUAGGAUGUGAAUUUCAGUUACACAUGUUGUUUUCCCCACCUCAUUCAGGCCAAUUUCUCCUAUGAUUGUCUUUAAUUUAUUUUCAUGGUUAAAAUCAAAGAAAUAUGAUUUUAUAUAAACUUUUGUGGAACAAUACAUAAUUAUCAGUCCUGGAAGUAGAAAAGUUACUUAAAAGGACACAUGCAAUCUAACUUCCCCCCUCCCAAAAUAAAAAAUUUUAGUGAAUAAAAAGUUUCAAUUAAAGUGGAAAGCCAUGCCAAAGUACUCAAACUAUGGUCUUUAUAUUUUGACCAUAUUUUUUCCCCUUAAGUGACAAUAGACAUGCCCGAGGUUUAUCGGGGCUAAGGAGGUUGCUGAGCAUCACAUAGUAAGUGUGACAGAGGAGACUAAAUCAACGUUUUCAUUAUUCCAAGCCCUACCACUCCAAGAAACCAAUCUACUUCUUUUUUGGUCACAUUUACAUGAAAAAGAACCAAUUAUCCACUAUUACUUCAUUACUAAAUAACCAAUACAUAAGUAGCAAAGUAAUAUAAACAAAAUAUUUGCCUAUUAAUUGGUAUAUGGCUAAAUAAAUUGUGACACAAGAAUGUAAUGGAAUGUACUGAAACAAUAAAUUUGAAGAAUACAGAGAAUGAUGGGAAAACAAACACAAACAAUAGAAAAAGAUGAUAUAAAACAAGAAAACAAUCUAAACAAUAACUUUUAAGUAGAAACAAAAACCAAAAAAUCUAAACUAAGUGAUAAGAAAUUAUAAUGCCUAAGCUUGGUCCCAAGAAGAGAAGAGUAGGCAAAAUAUUCAUUAUCGGUUAUCAAUGCCUGGGAAUGGGAAGAGAGAGGAUAUAUGGGGAAAUGAAUCUAUAUAAAAACAAAAGAUAUCAAUAAUUUGAAAAAGGAAACAUUAAUACAUGAAUGUGAAAUCAGGAAGAAAAGAUUGUUCCCUCUGCCACAACAUUCUAGGAUGUGGAACAUCAGACUAACCUUCCAUGAAAGAGUUGUAAUCUUUUCUUUUGGUUUUCAUAGCACUAUUUCAUAAGCCUCCAAGCAUAUUUUUUCACUGCCAGUUUUCCUGAAGAAACAUAGACACUUAGAACUUGGGUACCUUAGUUCAUCACAAAAUAAACACUAACCAGUUAAAAAACAUUUUCUACCUAUUACCAUAACCACUGUAGUGUGAUGUCUGAGAAAGCAGGCUUUUUGGGUUAGUAGAAAGGAACUGAAAGGAAAAUAAGUGCUCAUAUAUUGAUGAACAACCGAAUAAAUUGUGACAUAGGAAUAAAUCCAAUUAUUAUGCAACUAGAAGCAACAAAGACAAAGAAACAAAUAUUAAGAAUCCAAAGAAACUUGGGAAGACUUGUAAGAACUGAUGCAGUAGCAAAAGUGGAAGCAGUAAAAUAAAUUGCAUUUUAAGCAUAAUAAUGGAAAGAAAAGCAAAUCUGAAAGAUUUCAGAAUUCCAAUCAAUGCAGUAACUUAUUUUGUUUUUAGGGGACAGAAAAAGUAUGUCUUCUCUUUCUCUGUAGGAAAUUAACUGACUAUAGAUGUCCAAAGGUGAAUAUAAUUUUUAGGUAUCCCCAUUAUAUUAAUUUGUUUUGUUAAACUGUAUUUUGUUAUUAAGAAGAGUGUUUGUAAAGAAUUGAGUCAUUGUGAAGUAAUAAGAUUGUAAAAAGAAUUUAUAAAACCAUUUUUAAAAUAAUGGAAAGUUCAGAACCAUUAUCUCCUAGAGGACUCGUAUUAAAUUGAACCCCUUAGAAUAUCGGCUUCUAAACAAUAAG